AUGAAAAUGGAAGAUAUAAUUUUCGAGAGAACCCGCUGUUUUAUACUGAUAAAUACUUGGAAGAAGACCUGCCUUUUGACACUUGUAUUCAUAGUUAGCACAAUAUGCGCGCGAGUAUGCAUGAAAUCAAUAGAAGAAAUACAUACAAUGGAUAUUAAAUGCGGCACGGUAAUAAACCCAGAUGGUGCACUUUCCCCAGUCCGCAGGCAUGUACAGAACAGAGGCAGGCACGCGCAGAACAUGCGGCAGUAUUUCUCUGGAGUAGACACAAGCUUUUCUCUAAAAAUAGACAGCAGCGGGGAAGACAGCGAUUGCACAUGCGAGUACCGCAAGAAUCCAGUAAACGACAAGGCACACAUUAAUGUGGGCUUGCCCAAAAAAACCUGUAUAUACUUACAGGCAUUCACGGUGCAGAUGAUCAACAUGUUCCCCUCUGAGGAAGGGCUGCUGUCCAUUGAGUCAAGCCAGUCUGACUCGUUUUAUCGGUUUAUGAGGGAGUAUAAAAGCAAGAAAGAUGCUGUGUAUCUCCUUGCAGCACUGCUCCUUCUUUCAGAGGGAGUGGACAUUCCGCUAUAUGUGGAUGCCAGCACCACUAGUGAAGAGCCGUCUACAGUACUUUCUUUAAAAGCCGAAAAUUGUGCAAAAUUCUACAUCAAUCUAGAGAUGUGGCUUGAUAAAACAGUGGACGGGAAGAAGGUAGAGCCAGUUUACCAAAAAAAGACAGAAGAUAUUGUGAAGUUCUUCAAGCAGCUGAAUAAUCCUAGAUGCAGCUUAGAGGUGCCAAGUAUAUUUGCAGAGACCGGUAGAUACGAAGAGUUCAUAACAGGGAAUUUUCUGUGUAGUCCGAAAUUUCUUAUCCAGUCGUACUUUUUUGAGUACAUAGACAGCACGGACAUGUAUAAAGACUUUGUAAAAGCUGUGCACACUCUGUUAGAGGAGCAAAUUUCACACGCACCCAGCGAAGAAAGCGUGCAAACAGCACGUGCAAAGCGGGUGUUUUCCUGUCUUUUUGCACAUAAAGCCCAGAUAGAGAAAGGAGUAGAGUACAUCUCUCACCUACAAAAAAUAGAUGCCAUAAAAGAUGCAUAUAUGGUACUUCCCUUUACAUGCUCUGCGCAGGUGCCCGCGCACACUAAUCUUCCAGAGUACGACCGGUCAGAAGAAAGGUUCAAGUUUGGCAAAUGCGUAUGCUAUGUCGGCCGCAUGGAGUCCAUCCUUCUAAGCCUUUUCUGCUGCAUUGUCUUUAGCCCUGUAACAAAGAAGUACAGCACAGCCCAUCUGCCAGAUGCAUCUCCAGGCCUAAAGCACUUCUUUUCUCAAUACAGAAAGCCUAAAGAAUAUGCAGACUAUAUCAUGCAGAGAGAUUGGAGCAAGGUUGUCGCAGGCCUGCCUAGCGCCAGAGUCUCCUAUAUAAGAAAAUCUCGCAAUAAAAUUGCCUUUGGCUUAAUAAACAUGCUCUAUGCUAUAUCUGAUGUAGUAGGGCAGAGCACGUGUGUUGAAGAUGCAAUUUUCUGCUUAAAGUGCCUUCUUUCCAAAGAAAAGCUGAGUGCUGCAGAUCAGUCUGAAGUACAAAGUAGCCUGCAGAGUGUGUUUGAGUCUCUCUCAGUUAAUAAGAAUGUAAAGGUGAAGUGCCAUGGAGUGGAAGUAAACAGCACAUACAAUGGGUGGAAGGAUCUGUUCACUCCCAAUGGCACCUGCAUUGAGAUUGUUUAUGCGCAUAAUAAUACCUGUGCAGGAGUGAAUCUGAAAAUGGAGUAUGCGCAUCCCACGAUUACACUUGCUUCUAAUAUACACUUCUAUCAGCCAAAGCUAAAAGCUGCUCUAACUAAUAUGAAGACUCGUUAUUCCAGUGCAGCCACCCACACUGAGUGCAUGAUGUUACAAUAUGCAGAGGAUAGCCUGCAGAGAAUACAGGCGGAUGAUGCCACUGAUUGUAUGCCCGGCACUGCGAUAACGGCAACUAUGAAUCGCGGAUACAGUAACACAAAUAGCUUGCUGCUCUGUAGCAGCUUGGAUAACCUGGCAUGCAAGUCUCGCAUUGUCGAGACAUUUUUAAUCCACUCCAACAGAGAAAAUGUAAAAUGCAACAAUUCCAUGGCGCGGUUUACUGCCAAUCUUAUAGGAAGUGCUCCGCUGGAUGACCGGAAUGUGCGGCAGAGCAUUUUAAGAGGGUGCGUGUUCAACAUGAAGUACAAAUAUUACUAUCCACAGAUUAACUAUGACGUGCUUGCUAUGCCCAAAGCAGAGCGGCUCUCUGUACCUAUGUGGAUUCUGUUUGAAUCAAUAUUUUCCCCUGGCCUGCCAAAGCACGCUACUAUUAACUCAUGUAUAUCUUUACUCUCCGUGUACAGCAACACCAGAGAGAUAUUCCGCGAAUUUGCAAGUGAGUAUGUCUGCCUGAAUAUUUUAAACAGGCUGUGCAAAGACUAUAUUUUGGAUAAGCCGGGAGACUCGCUAAACAAAAUAAAUGCAAAUAAAAAGAGGGGGGCGGCGGCACUUAGCCAUAUCCUCCAGACAAUGAAAAGCCACAUAUCCGCCCAGAACAACUACACUGUGAAUGAUAUUUACAUAUGCUGGCUCGUUUAUGCCUGCAGUAAAAGCAAGAAUUUUAGGGAGUUCAUUCCGCAGAUCUAUAUGCAUAUAAACCACACUGACAUGUCCGACCGGUUUAAAAAUAUUAUAGGAAAGAGGUUUUCUGACAAAGAUUUUUGCAAUGUUCAAAAGUUUAUAGAGAAGGAGUGGAGCCUGUUUUUCAAGAAGGGCAAUAAGAGGGGAAGUAAAAAGUACUGCGAAAUAGAGAAAUUCUUUGCAGAGUACAAAAAAGAAGGCCCCUCUAGAGCCCACGCCCACUCAAGCAGUAAAACAAAAGCCAGCGCGCACAGACCAUGCACAAAUAAGAGGUAGAAGUACUUUUCUCUUUGCAAAAAGUAACAAGUACUUAUGGGGCUAAUAAAGUAUGA